AUGAUGGUUUUAACACCAAUAAUGCCUAAUUGCAUUCGUCUUCAUUUAAAUUUACCACCCCAUAUGUCUUUUAAACAUGUCAAAUAUCUAUUAAGACAAACACCAGAUUUACAAUAUUUAAUUUUAUCUGGUCAAAAACAUUUACUUAAAGCAAAACGAUGGGAAAAGUUAUUAUCAUUAAAUUGUUCAAGAUUAUUGAAAUUUAAAUUCACAUGUGCUAAUUAUAUUUAUGAUGAAAAUUAUCAAUAUGAUUUCGGUCAAUUAUUGGAUACGUUUGAAGAGGAUUGUGAGACAUCAUUCUGGAUGGAACGAAAUAUUACAACCUCGUAUCUUAAGAUACCUUUUUCAGAUGAUGAUUAUCGUCGUGAUAUUGUAGUGAAAUAUCAUGUGAACAAAACAAAACAAUCAAUUGAAUAG